AUGGCACCUACAAAUACACUCGAAAUUCAGCUGAAGGCGGCAAACCAAGUGGUGGAAGCAGUUAAACAACUUCAAUACAACGUCAGUAGCAAGGUUGAAGAAACUCUAAACUUCUCAAUAUCGCUCGCACCAAAAGCAAAACUCGAAAUCGCCGCCGUGUCAAGUAUCAUUCAAUACGCCUGUUACCUCGUGCAAUCGGAAAAAGUGCACGACGUGCGCCUAGACUUCUCGCAGGUGAAACUCCCCUUCACCUUCCCAAACAAAUCCAUUCGCGAACACCUGUUUGCGAAUCAUGACAGCUCAGUAGCACUCGAACUCGAGAGUACAGAUUGUCGGUUGACUGUCUUUAGAAGAAACGAUCACAAUGAUCGAGAUAUUUGGUACGAAAAUAUCAAGAAUUGGAGAGAUGAUUUGCCAUCCAAGUUUCACCUCAUGUUAAAUGAGCUCGUGGAAAAUGUUCCAGCACAUGCUCAAUUGCCGGAAGAUAAAUUCUGCUUCACUGUUGGUUUACUCUUUUCGACCAAAAAGUUAUAUUAUUGUGUAGCUGAUAGUGGCGUUGGUCUACGUGGUUCGCUUCAAGAAGCGAUCGUUACCGAUGUAAAAGAUGUCGCUUCUAGUGCUUGUGCUUUACACUUAACUCGCCCACAAGUCACUUCAAAAGGUAUUGAACGUGGUCAUCAAGGUGUAGGUCUAUUCAUUACUAGUGAAUUAGCAACGAUGAAUAGAGGAUAUCUUGAAAUCUUAUCUGGUGUCCAAGAAUACGAACAAAAAGACACAACGGUCACAAGUGUUCGUGGAGUUUCCGAAUGGAAAGGGACAAUGGUGCAUGGUGCAAUCAAUCUGGAUCAAGAAUUCAACUAUCGUCGCGCCAUGAAAUUAUUUGCCGAGCCGUCAGCAAUUGGUAAAGAUCGUUUCCUCGUCUGUCAAAUCAGCUUAAAUGUCUACGGACAACGUUCACUACGAACACGUGAACUCUGCGAAGAAAUAACCCGUGAUUUAGGAAUUGCCGCCGAGCGAUCCUCGAAAAUAAUUCUUGACUUUAGAGGUAUCGAAGAAAUCAGUCAAGCUUUCCAUGGCUUCUUACGGCGAUUCGUUACCGAUCACAAGAAAGUUCGAAUAAUGUUCAUGGUUCCACCGGAAGCUGAUGAAGAGUUAAAAGAGGAUUUGGAAGAAUUGCAGACUCAGUCAAAUGAGAAUUGGGUUGAUGCCGAUGAUUCAUCGGAUGCUAGCUCCAGUUCUUAA